CCAUGGUCACGCGGCAACGGGCAACACCAAGCAUUGAUAGUUGUGAUUCCGAGGAGGAGUGCUUUUUAUCUCUGCCGAUCGUAUACUAGUCUAAGUCCUUUGGAUAUAUUAUUGAUCUCUCUAUCCUUUUCAGACCACGGUUUUGUAUCCAGCAAACUGAAUGACAAAAGUGUUUGGAAGGGGGGACAUGUAAUGUAGCUUGGCGAUCGACAGACAUUGCAUUGGCACUUUGAUUUUGUUUUGACCGAUGGGAGACAUGAGUUCCCCGGGCCAUCGGCGUCGAGUAGUAGUGGUGCCAACAGCCGAAGUACUGGACUCUGCUUCAUCGUCGACGUUACUUCCCAGCACCUUUCAACGAUCCUCUUGGUCACAACAACGAGCCGCCACUACUAACACUACAAGUCACAGUAAUCCUCUGACAUCCUUUCUGUUGGGAGGCACAUACGACUACUAUCCCGGCAAGGACAAGAAACGCACCAAACGAAGAACGAUGUGGUAUCGACUCUUUUGUGCGUCCAAAUGGAGACGAGCCACGUCCUUGUGUAUCUUAUCCUACCUACUGGUCAAUCACGGAAUGCGCCCCUUAUGGAGCGCUGUGGUGGAUUAUAGCAAACUCAUUUUCCCGAGACGCCGCAAAGGAUUGCAUGGGACGUGGUUGCUCUAUGAUGAAUCUCUUCUGUCGAGUAUUCGAACUGUGGAACAAGAACGGGCGUCGGCCACGCGGUUGGCCAAACGGCAACACGAGUUGCAGUCAUCAUCAUCACAAUCAUCACAACAACAACCACCGUUACAUGUCCUACUCGAGCGCAUUGUACCGGGAUGGUAUCAUCGCAAUGACGCGGAGGGUGUAGUCGAACAAAAACUACGGGAAUUGGAACAACAACAACAACAACAACAACAACCACAACAAGAAAGGGAAGAACCAAAUGACAACAACAAACACAAUGACAAACAAUCAGAAGAAGCUAAUCAUCAGAAAUCCAAUAGCAGACACGCAAAGAAAGAGGAGGACACAAGUCACCAUCAGCAUGGAAAAUCCAAUGACAAACCUGAAGAAGAAAUAAUGAGACACCAGUCCAACCCACAUAGAAAUCAACAGAACAAUGGCAAAGACACUAAGAAGAAGAAAACCGACAAUCAGCAACAACCAAAAAGAUCCGAUCAUCAUCCAGUGGUUGAAACAGACAAGAGACGGCUAGCUACCAAUCCGUCAUUGGAUAUUAUUAAUUCUACCAGUGGUGUCCGCACAAUACACAACAUGCACUUGUUUCGCAACCAGACUAGUAGUUGCCCCACUAUCGCAUCCACGGAGGAGCUCGCCGUCACACUCGUGUUGCAAUCCACAAUGGAACGCCUCUGGAUCUUGGAAAAGACGUGUCAACGGUGGAAGAGUCCCAUCUUAUUGGUAUUGGCGGUGCCUUCUUCUUUGGAAGACGACUCCUCAACCACAACCGCAAUCAUACAAGCAGCAUGUCCACAGCUUGUCAUCAUUCGUCAUGCGUUGCAAGGGGAUGAAAAUGACCACGACUUGUACCCGGUCAACCGCUUACGGAAUCUCGGUCUGGAUCAAGUCCAAACAAGUCAUGUACUUGUAGCCGAUAUUGACUUUGUACCUUCCGUGGACUUGGAUACACUCAUUCGCAAAACGAUACAGGCAAGACGACAUUCAUGGCGCAAUAAAAAUCAAACAUCUCUGGAAGAGCACCGAGAAGCCCUCGUGGUGCCUGCCUUUGAACGAAUACCUCCUGCCGAGUUGUGUGAUAAUGACAAGAAUAACAAUUGUGCAAAAGACACCCAAGAAUCCCUGUCCAAAUUGGUACUUCCGAGUUCGUUCACAGAAUUGCACAAGUGUGUUUUGGAGGAGAAACAAUGUCGAGUCUUUCAAAGCAACAACAACUGGGAUGGACACUCGUCGACGCGAUCCAAAGACUGGCUCAAUGGCACUUGGUACGACGACACGAAAACAACGACAACCGACAAUACUCCGUUGAUUCGGACUUUGAACUGUUUUGAUUCCGUUCGCUACGAACCGUAUGUGGUAUUGCGCUGGUGUCCGGGCACUACAACCACCAUCAUGAAUGGUGGGCCAGUACAACAGGUAGCAGCUCCGUACUAUGAUGAACGAUUUCAUGGCUAUGGCAAGAACAAAAUUGAGCUGAUAUCCCAUCUACGAAUCAUGGGGUAUUCUUUUGCCAUUCUACCAGAGGGAUUUAUCAUCCAUUCACCACAUGCUACCUCCAAAGCAAAAAAGGCUUGGGAGUCGACAAAAGACUCUAGCCUGCACCGCCAAAUGGACAGUCUAUAUCCCAAAUUUUUGAAGGAGCUGGUGGCCAUGUACAAACAACAACACGAACAUCAUCGCAUAAUCAAGCAAUGCUAGACUAGCUUGGCUACUUCUUGAACUCUACUACUAGCUAGUAAUUGCCAAUACAACCCAAACACGUAAAAGGCGCA